AUAUGCAACUCAAUCUCCUAUCUGUACACAUUUUGAUUUCAAACCAUCAAACACAUUCACAUUUUGAGAAUCAAAUUAAAUUGCAAAAAAAUGUCAAUAAAUCACUUCUCCACACAAGCCCACUGGUGGCCACACUCGCACUACACAACCACAAUGGACGAUUCAGUUUCAGUUUCAAUGUCAACCACACACAACGACGACGAGGAGGAGCAGGAGCAGGAGCAGGAGCGGCUGUUCGAGAAGCCGCUGACGCCGAGUGACGUGGGGAAGCUGAACCGGCUGGUGAUACCGAAGCAGCACGCGGAGAAGCAUUUCCCCCUGGGCGACGGGGAGAGCGGGCUGCUGCUGGGGUUCGAGGACGAGUCGGGGAAACCGUGGCGCUUCCGCUACUCGUACUGGAACAGCAGCCAGAGCUACGUGCUCACCAAGGGGUGGAGCCGCUUUGUCAAGGAGAAGCGCCUCCGCGCCGGGGACGUCGUCGUCUUCGCGCGCCACUGCUUUGACUCUGGCCGCCUCUUCAUCGGCACUUCUCAGCCCGCCAGGUGGAGCGGUAUGGUGGCUUAUCCGCCUCAAAUCCAGCAACAGCCGCGCCUCCAUUUCCCAUCUCAUGCAGAAUUUUUUGGAGUGAACAUGAACGCAGGGAGUGGGAAUUCCAAGACGCUGAGGUUGUUUGGAGUGAACUUGGAGUGCCAAACUGACGAAUCAGAGUCGCCGAUGUCCACCCAACCCCACUCCUUCCAUCAACAAUAUCACAUGCAACAGGAUAUCAGUUUCUCAGGAGGAAAUGUAUAUCGGCAAGGAUAACAUAUCUCUCUAUUUGAUCUAUUUGUAUUUGGAAAAGAAAAAAAAAAGAACCAAUAAGAAUGAAAGAAGAAGAGAGCAUCCCAUAUUUAAGGGGUAAGCCCAGGAGGGAAAAGCCCAAAUAGAGUGAGUAGGGGGCCCCACACACAGAGAGGAUUAUAUAUUUAUAUGAAGGAGGAAAGAGUAUUGGAUGGUUGCAAUCAAGAUUUUACAAGAUCAUGUGGGAAUUGGGCUACUAUAGUGAUGUGGGUAGUAGCAAUUAACUUCAACUUCAACAUGGGGACUUCUGCUUCCAGUCCCAAUUAACAGAGUAAUUAAACUCCACUGCCCUCUGCCAUAACUUCAAACUUUUUUUUUUGGAAAUUUAUGUAUUUUUCUCAGCAUAUGUAUUUAUGUAAUUAUUUACAUGAAACAAAAUAGAAUUUGGUACAACUAGAAUAUCUUGCCGGGUAAUAUAAAACCUUUUGACUUGCUA